AUGGAUUCUGGUUCAAAUGGAGAGGAGCCCGCUUCGUGGGAAGAGCUUUACAAUAUCAAUUUGAUACCAUCGGAGUUGUUUCUCAAGUUCAGAAAGGAAAUUGAGGGGAUUCGGGUUGGUGUCAAUUUAGAGUUCUAUAAUGCUCCAAUCAAUGAAUUCCAAGGCAAGAUUGUUCUGAAACCCUUAUCCCCUGACCGGAGGUGGAAAUUCAUAUGUGAACCAAUACAUCAGGAUGUCCGCAUUCUUUCAAAGAAGAUUCCUGUCACCAAGUUUCUAAAUCUUCAGGUUGGCAUAGGCCAUAAUUUUCAGUUGCAUGCUACUGGUUGGAAAUGGAAGCUUACAACUUGUUUCGGUGGAGAUGGCAUAUCUAGGCUUCGGAAUAAGACAUCUCUUGGGCUGUUCCCUGGCAUGGAUUUGCGGUUUGGGUGGAGGGCAGAUUAUGUUCUUCCAGAACUUACUGGGGCUUUGGGUACCAGUGAGCCAUUGUUCAACAUGAACUCAGGACGACUGCAAGCAUCACUAGAUAGAGUUGAGGCCAUUCUAACCCAUCCGUCAUGA